AUUCGCAAUAAGAAGAAGCACAUGUCUGCCGCGCUUUCUUGGCCCCCAAACAAAAAGAGAUAAAGCUCCCCAAAGUAAUGGGGGUGUAUGUGUGGUGUAUGGAAGUGGAAUGCAGUAAUCAACAAUAAAUGUCAGUGGGUGCAAAGGAGUGCAAAAGUGUGUCAAUUUCGCUGUAAAACACUUCCUGGGAGCGUGGACAUAGCAACCACUGCCUUUCGCUGCUUCUUUGAGGAAGGAAAUUACGAAACCGCACAUUGAUUUUCAGUUUCCAAUGGCAUAGAGAGCGACAUUAAACCAUAAAAUGUUGACCCUGUAUUACGUGAGUGCCACUGUCCUGCAAUCCUGGCGCAUCCAGAAGGUCUGCAACAAAAUCGCCGAGCACCUGGCACAACCCUCGAGCAUUGCUUUUUAUGCCCUGCCAGCGGGCAGCGAUGAUGGCUUUGAUCCCUCAUUUGCCAGUUCAGAGUUGUGCGGCAAUCGUAAUGCGGCCAAGGUCACGGAUAUUUUGUGGUUGCAUGGAAACCAGCACGGCUGCUGCCUGCGUCCCCUGCAGACGCUCCAGAUCACACCUUGGAUAAGCUUUCCCGCGGCUCCGGGUCUGUUGCCGUUUGCCUAUGCCGCCGACACCUUAACGCCAGCGACAACGCCAACGGAGCCAUCGCCGUCGACGGCUAAGCAGCGCGUGACACUCUCGUCGGACAAGGAGCAGCAUAUGCAGCUGCUGUUGGAGGCCCAAGUAGAGCCAGGGCAAAAGGAAAGCGCACUGGACACCAUAGCUGUGCGGUUGGAAGAUUAUGGUAAGCUAAUUGCUUGGAAAAUAGACUCCCACCUGGCAUUGCUCAUCGAGACCGAUGUGGAGCACUUUACCCAACUGUUGAUAUCGACAUUUUUACGAAAUAAUUUAUGCAUAAACGAUGACCUGCCCCUGAUGAGGAUUGAGUCUGUUUUGCGUUCCGGCGACCCCCAGCCCUUUGAGCUGUUGGCCAAACAUCUAAAGCGGCAGUCCCGCAUCACCGCUGAACUAGACAAGGAGGGCUGGAAGAAGCAUUUGGAGGAUUUGCGUGCCGUCAGUGUGCUGGCUCAUCAGGCCACUGAGUUCGAGUAUCAAAAGAAUCGCACCGAGGGCAAGACAGGCCUUAUGAAACCAGAUCUCCUUACCCAGACAUCAGAGCCGGCCAGUUUCAAGGCCGUGGCUGUGGUCGAACCCACCAAUAAAGCGGCCUUGUCCCCGGCCAGGGGCACUUUAAGUCCCGCCAAGAGCGAGGCUGCUCUGUCAUCGUUUGCUAAGAGCGAGGCCAGGAGCACUCCCAUUAAAAACGAUUCAAAACUAUCUUCAGCUAAAAGCGACGACAAAGCAAUUCCCGCUAAAACCGAAGAAAAAUCGACUCCAACCAAAAGCGAAGUUCAAGGUAAAACUCCACCUCAAAGCGAAGCCAAAGCAACUCCAACCAAAAGUGAAGCGCAGAGCGAGCUGGAGAAGCUGGCCGCUGCUCAGGCAGCCCAGAUUCAGAAGACGUCCGUGGAUGGGACUCCGGCUAAAUCGGUUUCAAGCACACCCAGCAAACUCGUUGAGGCUGUGAAGCCAUCCAUUACUAUUGAGGCCGCAAAGCCAGCCGUUACUGUGAAUACCACUGAACCAACUACAGUGGAGACAGUGAAGCCUGCAAAGACUUUUGAGGUGGUGAAACCUUUUUCACCGCCAGCUACUGCUCCCCCUUCACGACCGGUGUUGCGGCGCAAUAAGGAUAGCCUGCAGGAAAGCAAGCCCCUGAAUGUUUUGGUCUACUCGGACAGUGCCAGUGCCAGAGACUCCACGUUGGCCACGCUUCAGCAACUGCUCGAGCGGAAUGUGUACACCAUUUACCCGCUGAUGCCGCAGCAGGCAGCCCAAAAGCAUUGGACCGAGCAGACAGCCCUGCUGGUGGUGUGCGGUUCGGUGUCGCCCGGGAUUGGACAGAUACUCGUCGAUUACUUUCUGCAUGGCGGCAAGGUGCUGAGCCUCUGCUCGGAUAUACUACACUUCAUACUGCCAAACUAUCGCACAGCGGAGGUUCGCGAGCACGAAUUGGUACAGUUCUCCUACGACAAAUGGCAGCGGGUCAAGAUGAUGCAUCACAUCUUCUGCUAUCAGCCAUCGCCAGUGAAGAAGCACUUUUCGACAGACAGCGAGGAGUCGACCAAGUCGCAUUCGCGUAGACCAGCUCUAGUAUGUCCAAGGUCCAUGGAACUGAAAGAUCUGGCCGGCCAUAGCCACAAAUUGGAUGUCCAAGUGCUGGGCACUGAGGAGACCUGGAACACGCCCAGUCUAUUGCUGGCCAAUAGCCUGAAGAGCGGUGGCAAGGCCGUCUUCUCGCAGAUACAUUUGGAGACAAGUCCCAGCGAGUUUGAAUCGGAUGAGAUCAAAUACUCCAUCUUAAAGCAAUACGAACGCACUCGUCUGGAGAUCUUUGCGGAUCUCUUGAGCAAGUACUUGGAUGUGCAGGUCGUUAAGGCAGAUGGAGUGGGUCAGUCGCAGGCAGGAGUGGUAUACCAGCAGGCCUAUUUUCUGGGACGCCAUGAGUCCAAAUUUGAACUCCUCGAUAAGCUGCGCCUGCGCUGCAGUGGGCCCGACAAUGUCAUAGCUACACCCAAUUUGACUAUGAAAUUCUGUGGCAAGGAUGAUAAGCCGCCUGUGGCCAACAACAAUGUCCUCCCUAUACUCAUACAUUCCUGUCCAGACGAUUUCUCCACCGUUGAUUACUUUGAUCAUCUGCAAACGGAGGACAUUGGUCGUCUGGUCAUAUAUGCGCCUAUCGUCAGCAGUUCCAUGCAUGUGAUCAAUACUCUGGAGCUCAUCAACGGCCUGGCCGUGCUUCCCCUUCAACAGACUGCCGGCAUGGGUCGCAGCAAUAAUCAGUGGCUUAGUCCAUUGGGUUGUGCCAUGUUCUCCUUGCAACUCCAUAUAGCCAUGGACUCGCCACUGGGCUCUCGUUUACCUCUGAUCCAGCAUCUGAUUGGAGCAGCCAUUGUUAACACCCUAAGGGGUCAUCCAACAUACGGGGUACUCGACAUAUCACUAAAGUGGCCAAACGAUAUCUAUGCACAUGGAAGCAAUAAAAUUGGUGGACUGGUUGUCAAUACCACCUUGCAGGGCUCUCAGGCAAUUGUUAAUAUUGGCAGCGGAAUCAAUUUAAACAAUUCAAAGCCCACCCUUUGCAUUAACGAUAUGAUACGGGAGCAUAAUAACAAUGCGGCGUCCCUGAAUAAACUACCUUUGCUUCAAUAUGAGCAAUUUAUAGCCAUGAUAUUUAAUGAAAUCGAAAGACUCUUAGCUGAAAUACAGAAUGGAGACUUUGAAAGUUUUUAUGCCUUAUACUACUCCAUUUGGCUUCAUAGCGAACAAACCGUAAAGAUUUGCCUUCAAAACGAACAGGAGAAAGAUGCUGAAAUAAUUGGAAUCGACGACUUUGGCUUCUUGAAGGUAAAACUACCCACUGGUACCAUCGAAACUGUACAACCGGAUGGCAAUAGCUUUGAUAUGCUAAAAGGAUUGAUAGUACCUAAGUACCACUAGUUAAAUGGAAUGGAAGAAUUAAAUUCUCAUAUAAUGCGGAACUUACUUAUUCCUCAUACCCC